AUGUCCACCGCCAACAAGCCAGAGACCACCAAGCCGGUCAUAGUCGUUGUCCCUGCCUCAUUCUCUCCACCGAGUCUCUACAGUGAACUGGCGGGAGCGUUGAACAGCCACGGCUAUGAGACUGUCGUGAUUGAUCUCCAUUCGGUUGGCGAUCGCAGUCCACUUCCAGCCGCCACAAUGGCCGAUGACGCAGAGUACAUCAGGUCUCUCGCGACAAAGGUCGCUGACCAAGGCAAGGAAAUUGUGCUGGUCAUGCAUUCAUAUGGAGGUAUAUGCGGGACCGAGAGUAUCAAGGGUGUGACGAAGGCUGAACGCACACUGUCCCAGAUGAAAGGAGGCAUCGUGAGGCUGUUCUAUAUCAGCUCCCCAGUGCCGGGAGUGGGGGGUUCGAUUGCCACGCAGAUGAGUGACAACAUGCCUGAGUUUAUCAGAGUCGAAGGUGAUUACAUGUUGACUGAACCAGCGGGUUGUGCUCGAACCAAUUUCUCGGAUCUUCCUCUCGCAAAGGGAGUCGAGUUGGCCAAAACAAUGCUCCCGCACUCGACGGUCAGCUUCACAGGCCUCCUCACUCAUCCGGGCUAUCAGACUAUUCCGGUGUCGUACCUGGUGUGCAAGGAAGACCAGGCAGUGCCACUACAGGUUCAAGAGUCUAUAAUCAACCGGAUCGAGGAGGAGAGCGGUCAAAAGGUCGAUGUCCACACUUGUCAAGCAGGACACUUUCCCACUCUUAGCUGCGCUGAAGAGGUUGCCCGAGCUAUCAGGUGCGCAGUCGGAGACACUCUGUGA